AUUUAAGCGAAUUUCAGCUCCAGUGUCUGUAUUCGCUUCAUCUCUAUGUCAUAUUGUCAUUUUCGAAACAAGGUUUCGCCUUUUUCUUUUUGCAUGUGGGUGUUGGGUUGAGGGUUGCUCUGGUGAUCCGAGGCAGAGGCAGAGGUGCCAUGGCUGUUAAGAAGGCGUGCGAGUCCUUCUCCAAGAGCGUGCUAGAGGAAGUCCACAGAUGGGGUUGUAUGAAGCAGACGGGAGUUAGUUUAAGGUACAUGAUGGAGUUUGGCUCCAGACCUACCCAGAGGAACCUCUUGAUUUCUGCUCAAUUCCUCCACAAGGAACUGCCCAUUAGGAUUGCCAGGAGAGCCAUCGAGCUGGAGACCCUCCCUCAUGGGUUAUCUGAGAAACCUGCUGUUUUUAAGGUCCGAGAUUGGUAUUUGGAUUCCUUCCGUGACCUAAGAUCUUUUCCAGACAUUAAGGAUGCAAAUGAUGAGAAGGAAUUCACACAAAUGAUUAAGGCAAUAAAGGUGAGACACAAUAAUGUUGUCCCUAUGAUGGCAUUGGGGGUUCAACAGUUGAAGAAGGGCAUGGACCCAAAGAUUGUUUGUGAGGAUCUUUAUGAGAUUGAUCGGUUUCUUGAUCGAUUUUAUAUGUCUAGGAUUGGAAUUCGCAUGCUUAUAGGGCAGCAUGCAGAGUUGCACAAUCCAAAUCCUCGUCCACAUUGUGUGGGCUAUAUUCAUACAAAGAUGUCCCCUAUGGAGGUAGCACAAAAUGCUAGUGAGGAUGCUCGUGCUGUUUGUUUAAGAGAAUAUGGCAGUGCUCCUGAUUUGAAUAUCUAUGGAGAUCCCAAUUUUACAUUCCCGUAUGUCCCAACACACCUCCAUCUCAUGGUGUUUGAGUUGGUUAAAAAUUCUCUACGUGCUGUCCAGGAGCGUUUCAUGGACUCAGAUAAAGUUGCACCUCCUAUUAGAAUUAUAGUUGCUGAAGGAAUUGAGGAUGUCACCAUAAAGGUGUCAGAUGAGGGGGGUGGCAUUCCAAGAAGUGGUCUCCCAAAAAUUUUUACCUAUCUUUACAGCACUGCCAGAAACCCAUUGGAUGAACACUCAGAUCUUAGAACUGCUAAUACAGUAACAAUGGCUGGAUAUGGUUAUGGACUGCCAAUUAGCCGCUUGUAUGCCCGGUACUUUGGAGGGGAUCUGCAAAUUAUAUCUAUGGAAGGAUAUGGGACCGAUGCAUAUCUUCAUCUUUCUCGUUUGGGAGACUCACAAGAACCCCUGCCAUGAGUCCAGGUUAUCAUAUGGUCAAUUCAUGGAAACAUUAAGCUAUUUGUUCAACGUUAAAGGAUGUAACUGCGUUUGCUCAGCAGCAUGAUUUAAAGCAGAGCUGCAGAUUCUGUACCAAUUGCACAAUUGCUGAUAAAGAUAAGUCGUUCAUCACCCAAUAGAUUCCCCUUGUCAUAGAAGAUAAUCAUCACUUCUCAAUAUAUUGAAAUUACAACCAAGUAUUUGAGUAAUAGACCAUGCCAACGUGAAUGCAAAAAAUAAGGUAUCCACUCCAAGAUCGUCAAUACCGUAUUAACAUAUGCAUCAGAUAUAUAAUUCGCGUAUUCUUAUAACUAUAUUGUUCUUGGUUUAUCUAAGGAAACGAAAAUUGUUAUAUUUGUUGUUUUUUUGUAAAGUUUAUAAAUAGUUAAAAAAAAA